AUGUACAGAGCGGCAGUAGGUUGGGCGUUCGCGGCCCUGCUGGUGUCCAGCUCGCUGGUGGGCACGUUCUCCUACCCCAACGUGCACGUGAGCGCGCCCGCGGCGGCGUCGCCGCAGCCCCAGCAGGCCGGGGCGGCGCGCAACUUCUACCCGGUGAAGGGGCCCCGAGACGUCCCGGAGCAGCGGGUCGAGCGGAAGUUCGCCGAGAAGCCCAACCACGUGAAGAAAGUGGCGCUCGACCGGUUGGACGACAUCGAGACGAACUCCAUAGGCGAGAGCUCCGCCAUCGGCGGCGGCUUCUCCUGGUCGAACCUCUUGGGCAUGGUGAUGCAGAUGAUCUUCAACCCGGGCGGCGGCAACAACCAGGGGCCGAGCAAGUCCGAGGUGCUGGAGGACGGGCCCAUCCAGCCGACGUCGCCGUGGGCCAAUUUGCUGUCGGUCGGUUUGAAAAUUCUCACCGCCAUUUUGGGGGGCGGCAACACCGCCAGCGACGGUAUCGAUAAGGUUGACAACGGAAACUCGCCGAUGCAGGGUGUUCUGGAAGCCGUGGUCUCAGCUGUGGUGGGAGACAGGGAUCCUCAGCAGGUUAACAAGAUAGCUAGGCAGGCCGGUGAGUUCAUUAACAUCGUGGUGAACCUGCUGGACGCCCUGAAGACAUCUUUCUCGCACCGAUCCAUGAUGGCCAGACACUUGGGCAGGAAAGACUCCAUCAGCGACGCCGCGACGGCCAGUCUCACGAUGGUGAAGGGGUACUUGAGGUCCCUGAAGACGGGAGACACCAAGUGCAUGGAGAGAUACGUCUGCCAGGCCAACAGCGAGUGCUCCAAAGACAUCGGGCAGAGCUCGCUCUACUGCCACCUCGGAAGUUACGCCGUGAGUUUCAUUCUGGACAAAUCCGUCGGGACGCCGUCGUUCGACGUGUUCUACGAGGCGGGCCGAAGGGGCCGGUACGGCGACAACUGCCAGGAGAAGUACUUGGAGUGCAACGAAGUUUGAGCGCGUCGACUAACUCUCCUGUGAAUUAGAAAGCGGACGAUCGAGAAUUAAUCGGUGGUU